CUGGGGGAAGACCAGCGGUCCCCAGUGGAAUCGAGGUCGGGGAGCAGGAAGACGGCACUGCGCUGCGGCCAGUGGGCGCCCGGACGUCAGCGCGCUGCCGCCACCACCUCCACAGCCUUCUCAUUCGCCACAGCUGCUCCUCCGAGAUUCCCACCCACCCAACUUUUUUUUCCCAUUUGCACGAUGGAUUGGAGAGGCCGUAAUUUCCUCUCUUCAGUGCUGCUGCUGCCGGCACUCAUUGCAGCGGUGCCCCAAGAUCCCGAGCUGCUUCAGCGGACCGAGUUCUGCAACCGGAUGUGCCCAGACGAACCACCGCCCCCGCCGGCGCUGCCGUUCGGUGCUGCCCUUGCGGGGUGCCCGGGCCUUCGGUGCCCCGCGCCAGUGUGCCCCGCGCCUGUGUGCCCUUCGCCCGCGUCGCCGCCCGCGUGCCCGCCCUGCCCCGGGCGACGUGCCCCUCCCCCUCAUCCAAACGCGCUCGCGUGGAAGACUCUCAAAGCCAGAAACUACACGACCACGUCGUUGGGGCAUUACAAGUACUACUCCGACAGCAACUUGGACUGGUUCGACGCUCAGACGCUCUGCGAAAGCGAGGGCGCGCACUUGGUCAUUCUCAACUCCGAGUUGAGAGUUCGACAACCUGUUAACAGUACGGGCUUCAGACAUUGGCUUCCUGGACAUUUCGUUCGAAAUUUGACGAGUAAUUGCGGCUUCAUCAACAAAGGAGUGCGUGGAAUGGGCAUGGGACGUUGCAGGGAUGUAGGCCCCUUCAUCUGCGAGCUCUGAGACUGGCGAUGGAUUAGUGAAGUUUGUUGCAAAGAACGUUAAACUUUAAAUUUAAAUUUCGAAUGUCAAUUUCAAAAUAAUUUCCAUUACAAUGUUUCUCGUUCGUACCACGAAAGAAGGUAUUUUUGUCAGGUGGUAUGGUGCAUACAUCAAUUGUUACGUUUAUUAUUAUCUGUAUGAUUCGUUUUGCGCAUAAAGAACAAUAUCAUCUCAUACAGCUAAGCAUUAUAUGUAUUGUAUCAUCAUUUAAAGUCAUAAUCAACAUUGAUUUCCAAAACAGAUUAAUUUUACCUGUUUCAAACUCUUUAAAAUGAAUAUGUACGAGUAUUUUUCAAUGUUUACUUGAAUGUUUCAUAAAAAAUUAUUUAUAACUUGUACUUUCUUAGCUCAUUUUUUGUGAAAAACUACCACUUUCACAGUUAAGCCUAUAACGUGUCCCAUGUAACAAAGACCCGUUGCCGGAGAUCGUUAAGGCAGUAGUGUCGUAGCAAU